AUGGAACGGAACAGCACGUAUCGAUAUCAAUCUCUGCCACCGAUUGCGGAAGAGGGUCGCACACCGUCCUUCACCCGACUCCUCUUCCUGUACCCAGGCUCGGGAGAGGACCCCUUUGAAGCGCAUCUAGAAAUUGUCGACAUCGAGCAUGCGCCUCCCUACGAGGCUUUGUCUUACACGUGGGGGAAACCGACGGAACAGCCGAGAGACUACAUCUGGAUGCAAGGCUGCCCUAUGCCUAUCAGGCCAAAUCUAGAAGAUGCUCUGCGCUCUCUACGCUUGCCGAACCAGGUGCGAAGGCUGUGGGUCGAUGCGCUCUGCAUCGAUCAGUCUGACCUGGACGAGCGUGCUCGGCAGGUCCAGUACAUGAGGCUGGUCUACAAACACGCUGCCCGCGUUAUCGUAUGGCUCGGUCUCAAGACUUCCGGGACACAUGAAGCGUUCCAGGCCGCGGAACGGCUCGCAAGAAUCAGAGAACUUACUCAUCCAGCGGCUACUGGACCUAAAGGUGGGCAAAUCGACCCCGGCACAGUCCAGGGCCUGAUGAGCAGCAUGCUCGAAGACCUACCGGAGACAUGCAUCAUCCACCUGGACGAAGUCUUUGAACGCCAGUACUUCAGCCGUUGCUGGUGUGUGCAGGAGGUGGUGGCAUCUUCAAGGGCGAUUGCCAAGAUUGAGGACCUGGAAAUGUCGUUUUUCGACUUGAUCGCCUCAUUGAUUGUGCUCGCGGGUUGGAAAAGCGAGAUCCUCAUCGACCGACCCUACCAAUUAUGGAAUUUGAUCCUCAUGCGACGGCAACCCAACAGUUUCCUCGGCCAGCCCGAGGUCGAGGGCUCGAUUGGCUCGUUUCUCGCACUUCUGGAGCUGACGCGAACAUUGCAAGCGACGGAUGACCGAGACAAGGUGUUUUCCCUCCUCGGUAUCUGCGACGAGGGGCUGAACCCUGUGCUGGCGUUGACGCAGGUCUUUGACAACAAUGACAGUUGGCGCAUUCGGUUAAUUCGUCGAGGCUUGACACGGGUCAAUAAUUUCGUCAAUGGUCUUGCUCCGGAUCUCAACUUUGGUCGGCCGAGAGCUUUGCGUCCAGAUUACAAAAGGGAGACCGUGCUGGUGUACUGCGAUCUUACGAGGUUCCUCUUGCGCAAACAGCCUCGGAUUCUCGACGUCCUUGACCACGUACAACAUAACGAGGACCCAGGCAUCGGUGACUAUCCGUCCUGGGUUCCAAAGUGGUUUGACCCAAGGACAUGCUCCGUCUUCAAGGGAGCCUAUCUCGCUGGCUUUUGCGAUGGGCAUUUCCGUUAUUUUGCCGAGCUUCACGAUAUUCCGGUCCGCAACGAUCCCGUGCGGCCAAAGGUUCUGUCUAUAGAUGGGUAUCAUGUUGAUGUGGUAUCGAAAACGACCGAAACACUUGCGUUUGGAUUUGGGGCUCGUGCUACUGCGGAAGCUAUUGUGAGAGCUUGGGAGCAGCUUUUCGACAUACCGAUCGCCCCCAGAUGCGGAAGAAAGUAUCGCGAUAACAUUCUACUGGAUGUGGUAUUCUGUAAAGCCAUCUUGGCUGGUGCUCUGGGUUCCAUUAUUGGCUAUAGUCACCUCCUUACUAGGAAUCAGGGAGGAUUGAACCCGCUCUUCGACGAUCGUACCCAUAAACCUCACGCUGAGCUCGACCGAGAGGCUCAAGACUUGGCGGAGACAUUCCUUACCCAGAUGGCUGAGUUCGGUCUCCCGCCAACGGCGACGGAAUUCGGGAACCCGGAUCGAGAGGACAAGCUGCAGGUCUUUGGAGCAGGGGCGCGUACCUACUCGAAUAACCGAAAGGUAUUUGCGACCCGUGAUGGCCGUGUGGGCAUCGGGCCCAAGAUGAUGCAGCCUGGGGACGAGGUCGUCGUUCUUUUCGGGGGCCGGAUGCCCUUCAUUGCACGACAGAGGGGUGACCACCGACUGCUGGUUGGGAGCUGCUACUUGGUUGACGAAGAGCUGAUGUGGGGGAAGGUGACCGAGAAACUCGAGGUCAGCAUAACAGUUACGAAGCACUCGAAAAUGAAGAUUCUCCUGAUCGGAAAAGGCGGUCGCGAACAUGCCCUUGCAUGGAAACUCACUCGAUCGCAAUCAGUAGGGCAUGUCUACGUUUUGCCAGGCAAUGCUGGCACCGGAACCUUGACGAAAGUCUCGAAUUGCCGCGGAAUAGCCGUUGACGACUAUGGUGGCCUCGUGGAGCUGUCAAAGAGGCUUGAAAUCGACCUUGUCAUCAUCGGCCCAGACGACGCUGUUGUUGGAGGCAUGGGAGAUCACUUUCGGAGCAAUGGAAUCCGUUGCUUUGCCCCAAGUAAGAGGGCGGCCAUCAUCGAAGGCUCCAAGGACUUUGCAAAGGACUUCAUGUGCAGACGCAAAAUUCCGACCGCGUGCUACGAAACCUUUGACAGGGCUGACUGCGACAAGGCCAAGGCGUAUGUACGAAGGUUGGGCCGUAGAGUGGUCAUCAAGGUGGACGGCCUUGCAGCAGGAAAGGGUGUCAUCCUUCCCGAGACGACCGUAGAGGCGGAGCAAGCCCUCGAGGACAUCAUGCUCAAGGGCAAGUUCGGUGAUGCUGGCGAGAUGGUGAUUAUUGAGGAGUACCUCGAGGGUUAUGAAAUUAGCGUCCUCACCUUCACUGAUGGAACAUCGAUUCUCUCUCUGCCGCCGAGCCAAGACCACAAGCGCGCUCUUGACGGCGAUAAGGGACUGAAUACUGGCGGCAUGGGCGUGUAUGCGCCUGUUCCUUCCGUGACUGAGGAGCAGAUGGCCGACAUUGAAGAAAAGAUCAUCUUGCCGACUAUUGUUGGCCUUAAGUUAGAAAGAAGACCUUUCAACGGCAUGCUCUUCACGGGGGUAAUGAUGACGUCCACAGGCCCCAAAGUGCUUGAGUACAACGCGCGUUUCGGCGACCCAGAGACGCAGAGCAUGGUGCUUCUCCUGCCAGACGAGGCUUUGCCAGAAAUCAUUCUCGCUUGUGUAGAGGACAGGCUGGGUGACAUCGAGCUGAAAACACUUGCAGGUUUUGCCUGCAAUAUUACUGUUGCGGCUAAGGGCUAUCCAGAAUCAUACAGGAAAGGGGAUCUUAUCCGAAUAGAACCUACCUCUGAAGGUGUACAUGUCUUCCACGCCGGAACUGAUCAGGUCGACGAUGAAUUAUUCACGGCAGGCGGUCGUGUCCUGUCCGUUGCCGCGACGGGUGAAACCCUCGAGGAAGCAGUAUCGGCUGCUUACAAGGGGGUUGAAAGUGUUCAUUUUGAGGGCAUGUUCUACCGCAAGGAUGUUGCGAUGCGCUCGCUGAAGCUCGCUCCGGGAAGGGCCGAGGAUGGUCCUCACUAG